AAUAUUUUUUAAAUAAGGAUUAAAAUUAUAGUUUUUAAUUGUAAAAAAUCUACGUAAGAAAUCAAGAUGUCUCAAGAAUCAUGUCAAGAUCGACAAAACAAUGAAUUUGAAGUUUUAAAAUCGAUAUUUGGAGAUGAUUUAGAAGAUAUGAGAAAUAAUAAAAAUAAGCGAAAAUGGCAACCUCUCAAUAUAAAAGUGACCUUAACACCAUCACAAGGAAUGUCUGGUCCAGUUCAAGUUUAUGCUCAAAUUGAUUUGCAUGUUAUGUGCGGAGAAUCGUAUCCAGAAGAUCCUCCUCAUAUUAAACUAAAAAAUAGUUUAGGUCUCUCUAAUCAACAAAUCGCUGUUUUAUACUCAGAGUUGGAAAGUUUAGCAGAUAAAUUGAAAGGAGAAGUUGUAAUCUUUGAAUUGACUCAACAUGUACAAAAAUUCUUAUAUGAACACAACAAACCAAGCUAUAAUAGUUUUUAUGAAGAGAUGGUAUCUCGUCGUCAAGAACAGAUACAGUCUGAGAUGCAUAAGAAGCAACUAAAAGAAAGUCAAGAACGACAGGUAUUGCAAGAUGAAAUCCAUCGACGACAAGAAGCUUUGAAAGCCGAACUUCGUGAUCGUAAAAGAAUGGCCCGUUUGUCUUUAGAAUCGAACGAAACAUCUCAAUCAAUUCCAUCGUCACCUCACGAACGGAUUCGUACUUACUCCCGGAGAAGAUGUUUAAGUUCAUCUGAAAGUCCGGAUAGUCUACUAAGUGAACAUAGAGCUACAAAAAUUUUACACUUUAUAAGUAAUAGAGGAGAAAGACAAAUUCAACUUGGUAAAUGUCUGGGAAAGAGCGUAAAAGGAUCAGUUGUUUAUGAUGGAGUUGAUAUUAAGGCUGUUGAGCAUUUAGCAGUCACAGAAUGGACGUUGAAAUAUACACCUGUGGAUAAAAAAAAUAGUGAAGCAGAUACUUUGAAUUUACAACAACUAUUGAAACAAGUUGGAAGCAUUGAACAGGAAUUAAAUCAUCUUCAAAAAUUACACCACCCUAAUCUCGUUCAUUAUUUAGAUAUUAAGUAUUCACAAACUGAAGACAGUAUUGUAGUAUAUAUACUCCAAGAAUUCGUAGUUGGUACAACGUGUUCUUUUUUUCGAAAAGAAAAUAUUCCUGUCAAUAUCGAUACGUUACGUUAUCUCGCCACUGGAAUUCUUUCUGUAUUAGAAUAUUUACAUGAAAACAAUAUUACACAUAAAGACUUGAGAGAUUCAAAUAUAUAUAUAGACAGCAAAGGCAUUGUAAAAGUAUCUGAUUAUUCAUUACAUAAAAGAUUAUCAAAUAUUUAUAAUUUAAGUUGUCUUGGAAAAGCUAAUAAUAAUUUUGCAACAAUUCAAGGUAGAGGAAAAAAAGAAAUAGACAUUUAUAGAUUUGGAUUAUUACUUUUGACUCUGUUGAAUGUCAAAAAAGUAUCAGAUAAUGAGGCAGAAUGGGGGUUAAACAUACCAGUGUUAUUAAAAGACUUUUUGUCCAAAUGCUUGAAUAGCAAUGAAAGGUUAAGGUGGUCAGCUAAACAACUACAACAGCAUAAUUUUAUUCGCAUACCUUUGAUAAGUGAAUUGUCAUCUCCAAAACAUUCUGAUAAACAGGAAAAUAAUUUAGAGACGGAAGAGCCUACAUCUGACUCACGGAUGAAAAACGAAUUCAAAAUUCUUGAGUCACUUGGUGAAGGCGCAUUUGGAGAUGUUUGGAAAGUAAGAAACAAAUUGGAUGGAAGAGUUUAUGCUAUCAAACGUAUUGCUUUAGAUCCAAAGAGCAAACAGUCUAACAAAAAAAUGAUAAGAGAAGUUAAGUUACUUUCAAGGUUGAAUCAUGAAAAUGUCGUGCGAUAUUAUAAUUCGUGGAUUGAAAAUGUUAAUAUUAGUAAUGUCAAACGACAUUCAUCAUCUUUAUUGGAUCAAAUGUCUGUUAAUGAAGAGAAAACCGAAAAAAUAAAAGAUCAUAACUUAAAAAGCUUUGAAUCUCGAUCAGUCACUAUAUCAGAAGAAGACAGCAGUAGUAGUAGUAGUAGUAGCAGUGAUGAUAGUUCUAGUGAAGAAGAGAGUGAAGAUGAAGAAGGGUUUUUUCACUCUCCACAAAAGUCAGAGGAAUCUUCAGAUGGUAUAGAAUUUAAAGUGGAUAGUGAGUCACAAAUAUCUAAGGCUGAGUCUUUUGAAACUUCUGAAAAAAUAACUAGUGAAGAAAAUAGCACUGUGGAACAUAAAACAAAAUUUAUGUACAUACAAAUGGAGUUUUGUGAAAAAAGUACCCUAAGAACAGCGAUUGAUAAUAAUUUGUAUGAAGAUAAAGAUCGUCUUUGGCGCCUAUUUCGAGAAAUGGUUGAAGGUAUCGCUUAUAUUCAUCAACAAGGAAUGAUUCACCGUGAUUUGAAGCCAGUAAAUAUUUUUUUAGACAGCAAUGAUCAUGUUAAAAUUGGUGAUUUUGGUUUGGCGACAACAAACAUAUUGUGCUCUGUUGUACAAACAAUUGAUAACGAACGGAAAGUUGAAUUAGACAAUAAAAAUGAUAUUAUUAUUGAUGAACCCCGAUCAAUGACUGGUCAAGUGGGUACUGCUCUCUAUGUUGCUCCAGAGUUGAGAAAUGAGGUAGCAAAAGCUAGAUAUAAUCAAAAGGUUGACAUAUACAGCCUUGGGAUUAUUCUAUUUGAAAUGUGUUGUAAACCACCCGAUACUAAAAUGGAGAGAGUAACUAUUCUUCAAAAAGUUAGAUCUAAAGAAAUAAUCCUUCCACCUGAUAUGACAGAGACUGAAAUGCCUCACCAGACUCAUCUUUUACGAUGGUUACUCAAUCACGAUCCUAAUCAGCGACCUACAGCUCAAGAACUUUUAAUGUCUGAAUAUCUACCUCCACCACUUCUAGAAGAAGCGGAACUUCAAGAAAUGGUUCAACAUACACUUUCGAAUAGCCAAAGCAAAGCCUACAAGUACUUGAUUUCUUGUUGCUUCGCCCAAAAAGUAUCACAGGCUGAAGACAUAAAUUAUGAUAUGACUGUACUGAAUCGUCCAGCAAACAGUUCAUCAUCAGUGGUUAAUAGACUUUUGCAUGAUCAUGUAAAAUCCAUAGUUGUUGAAGUUUUUCAACGACACGGAGGAGUUAACUUAGCAACGCCUUUGUUAAUGCCUAAAUCUGGUCACUUGUAUGAUCAUACAGAAACGUGCGUUAAACUCAUGACUCAUUCAGGCAGUAUUGUCACUAUACCUCAUGAUCUCAGAGCACCGUUUGCGCGAUACGUUGCGUGGAAUGAUAUCUUGCACCUUAGACGAUAUGUUAUCGAACGAGUUUUUCGUGAAGAGAAGGUUCAUGGGUUUCAUCCCAAAGAAUUAUAUGAAUGUGCAUUUGACAUCAUUAGCUCAACAGUAGAUCUUAUGGCUGAAGCUGAACUAAUCCGUAUAGUUUGGGAAAUUUUUAACGACUUUUCCGACAUGCGUCAGUUUGAUUUUACAGUUCGUUUAAACCAUACUUCUUUAUUUGAAGCUGUUUUAAUAUAUUGUGGAAUAGGACUAGAAAAAUUUCAAGAAAUAUUUUCAAUAAAUGAUAAUGCUCAGGAUGGCAAAAAUUCUAAAUUUUCGGCACAAUCAUAUCUUGAAAAUUUAGGUCUCUCUGAUCAAGUAAUAGAAACACUUAUUAAUCUUUCCACCACUGAAAAUAAUGCACUAAAGAUUGCGAGUUUUCUCAAGAAACUUACAUUACGCAUGGGAGAUGCCGCUAUCUUGGCAAAAAAUGCUCUCAGAGAAAUCGAAACUGUUACUGCUCAUAUUGGAGCAUUAGGAGGAGUAAAGUGGCCUAUUGUUAUUGCACCUCUUCUUACUCACAAUAUGAAGCAACACCGUGGGAUAAUUUUCCAAAUUACCUGUGAUUUCAAACGUAGACGACGGCGAGUGGGUCAAGAAAUAAUAGCUGCGGGUGGUCGUUAUGAUAAAAUGCUCCAAGUAUUUGAACGUAUUUCGGAACGUUCCGGAUUGACUAGUAAAGAAAACCGACAUCACGGUGUGGGUAUAAGUAUUUCACUCGAUAGAUUAGUAUCUGUCAUUCAAGAGUUGUUAUUAGAAGACUCAAAUAUUGAAAUUAAUGUAAAAAAAUUUGGAAUAAACAUAGCGGUAGGAUUAAUUAAUAAGAAAAAUAAGAGAGAACAUGAACUAGCUGAUCUUCUUCGGCAAUUAUGGUCUCUCGAUCUUCGGGUAACCAAACUGGACUUUAAUAAGACUGAAGAAAUGCUAGAUUAUUGUCGUAAAAAUUUAAUUCCUUGUGUCAUCAUUUUAGAUGAUGAAAAGGAAAAUUUAUCAGUUCAUUUUUGGGAACGUAAAAUGAAAAGAUUUAAAGAACAGAAAAUGUCUACAACCGAAUUUACUGAGUAUUUACGGAAACCAAAUACAACUUCACAACAAACAGAUCCACCACCAGUUUUGCAUAGAUCUGAAAGCAAAAUAAAUAAUAUGGAACCUACGACAAAUGCACAUAACACUUCAAUCAAUGUAAACAUUAAUUUUGUACUCUCUGAGAAAGACAAAUUGUCAAGUAGUGGACGGAAAAGUUACAGAAACUCUAUGCUAGCUCAAUUGUCAUCUUCCUUGCAUCGAAUAUCGUAUAAAGAUCCUAUAGAAGUAUUUGCUGUAUUUCUAGAAAUGCCUGUCAUAAAGACAAUUUUUGGUCUCUUGGAAUUGGAUGAAAAAGAACAAGAUUUUCAGAGGAGCGUUCAAUCUGUUAUUGAAGAACAUCCCUACCACAAGAAGUCGAUUAAACAAGUGUGCGAUGAGAUGAGAAAAGUAAGGAACGAAAAACAACGGCCUGUUCUAGUUCUAUACAGUUUGACUGAUGGACGUUUUGUUAUUUUUAUAUGAGGGCAUUUGUAAAAAUUUAAAUUAAAUAAUUCUAUAAAUUUGUAUAUAAAUAUUUUUAAUUCAAAUUUAUAGUUGUUAUUAUAUAGUUCAUUUUAUACUAUUAAAAAUUAAAACUGUUGAACAUGCACACCUAGAAUCAAAUAAUGUCAAAUAUUUAUUAAUUAAUAUCUAAAGUCACCAACUGUAAAUAAUUACCAUAAAUCAUUAUUUCAUACUUGUUAAAUUUUUAAUGAUCGAUUUUUGUAGUAUUUCUGUAAGAUAAAACUUCUGUGCAUUAAAAGAAAACAAUAACUUUUUUUAAAGUAUCCUUUAUUUAAUUAAUUUUCUACUGAUAUCAAUUAAAUAAAAAAGCGGCAACUGGUUUCUACUUUUGCUUAAACACGGCAAAAUACAUUAAUCGAAUUACUCUAGUUGUUCUAUAUACACCUGCCCUAGACCUUGAAGUCAUUUUCAAGUUUAAAAGUAUUCCUACCUAGAUUCCUUCAUAACUAUCAAUAUUGAAAUUAUUAAACCAGGAGUUCAUACUUUAAGUGUAAAUUUACUAUUGAAAGUUAAAGAAGUUGAUCACAUUCUUAUCAUCAGGUGUAAAUUUUGAAAUAAGUAAUCAUGAAGAUGCAAAUGCGCAAAUGUUGUUGUUGGUCACUCAAAACUGGAGUUGCAAUUUUUGGAGUUUUUCAAAUUAUUCGGUUUUUAUUUAUUCUGGGCUGGGCAGUCAUUGAUUACGAAUAUUUGGUAUUAAAUUAUACGGAGUAUGGAAAUUACACAGAACAAAUGUAUCAAUCUCAUUUGUUAGAGGAUCCGGAAGUUCUAUAUUUUUAUGUCCCGGCUUGUUUUUUGAUGCUCGUUCUUUCAAGUUUGAUGAUCUUUGGCACACUAAAGGACAAAUACAAAUUUAUAAUGCCGCAUUUUUAUGCCCACAUUUUUUUAGUUACAUGCUCUAUAAUAAAUCAAACGUACAACAUUGUUGUAGAAUUUGCUUACUAUAAAGAAUUUGAGUAUGGCUUUUUCUUACUUGCUAAAGGAAUUUUGUCGAAUGUGUGUGAUGUAUACUGUUGUUUAAUGGUAUUCAGCAGAAUCAAAGAAAUCAAAGGAUCUAAGAAUGUUAUAUACCCACUCGUAUUAUAAAAACUUAUACAGCGGCUAUAAAUUUUUUUUCUAUUCUUUAAAUUUCGGUAUAUCUUUAGAAUUUUUAUUCAACUAACGGACAUGAAGUAUGGAUAUCUUAUAUUCUUAGUAAACCUAAUAAAAAUCAAAAAAUAUUUUGUUUAUUUGACACCGCAAGUGAUCAUUAUAGAGCACUUAUUUUAACUUAUUCGCAGAUUUUUCUUUUAUGUUAAUAUGAAGACAUUCAUUUUAAAAUUAUUAAAAGUAGAACAUUAAAUGACUAUAGAAAAUCAAACAACAAAUCACUUAAAAAUGGUACUUACUGGUUUUAAUUAAUUGAGUACGUUAGCAAUAAUUGAAGAUAGCAUGAGUGAAGGGUCUUCUCCAAAAAAAAAAUAAAAAAAAAAAAGAGAAAGGAUUAAAGAAUCAUACAAAAUUCACAAUUAUGAAUUUAUUUCACGUUUUGUUUAAUAAAAAUUAAAUUUAAUUAAGUAUAAUAAUAAAUUCAAUAAAAUUAA